AUGAGAGCAAAGAGACUAAUCUUCGGGGCAAAGGCAUCACAAGACUUCUUUGACGAAGCAAUUUACCGCAUAUUCAGUGACAUCCCAAGAUGCUUAAAUCAACGAGAUGACAUUCUGUUUGGUGGAAAGAACGCAGAAGAGCAUGACAAAGCAUUAGAAACUGUACUCCAAAGAGCAGCUGAUUUUGGCGUGACAUUUAACCCAGAGAAAUGUCAAUUUGGAGUAAGUGAAAUCGAGUUAUAUGGGCACCGAUUUACCCAGGAGGGACUCAAGCCAAGCUUCGAAAAAGUCAGAGCGGUAAAGGAAUGCAAGGCACCCAAAUCUAAAGAAGCUGUACGAAGCUUUCUGGGCAUGACGAGCUAUCUUUCCAAAUUCAUCCCCAGAUAUUCAUCACUGACCGCACCCUUGCGAAAAUUAACCCACAAAGAUGUCAAAUUUAACUGGGGACCGAGAGAAGAUCAAGCGUUUGUGGAAAUUAAAGAGAGCAUUACCAGUGAAAGAACCAUGGUAUACAUCAACCCAGAUAAACCGAUUGUUGUGAGAGUGGAAGCUAGUUACCACGAAGGACUCUUUGCCGGACUGUUUCAGGAGACCGACCGAGGUCGAGGUUUCAUUAGUCGGACAAUGACGGAGACCGAGAAACGGUAUAGCCAGACAGAAAAGGACGCCUUAUCAGUACAUUGGGCAAAGAAUAGAUUUAGCAUCUACCUCUUUGAACCACCAAGAUUCGAGCUUAUCACAGCUUAUAAGCCUUUAAUACCAUUGUUCAACAAAGCGACCAUCAAACUGCCACCAAAAACUGAGAAGUGGGUGAUGGGAAUGCAAGAUGUUGAUUUCGAAUUGAUCCAUCAACAAGGCAAAGACGAGGCUGAUCCACUCGACUUCCUAUCGAGACAUCCGUUACCAGAGACGGGACGUGAAACGGUAGAGAAAGUCGUUAAACAAGUCGGUAAUGCAGAGCAUGCUGUUGUAAUCGACCAGAUCCAAAAAGAAAUACGGCGAGAUAGUCAACUUCAAAAGCUAUCAGAACGAAUCAGGAAGGGAGACUGGGAAAACUACAGAAGAGAUCCUGACAUCAUGCCUUUUUACAGCGUAAGACUUGAAUUGUAUUCUGUUGAUGACUUAAUCUUCAGAAUGAGCCAGAUUGUUAUUCCCACGAAUUUGCAAAGGAAAGUCGUGAAAGCUGCGCAUCAUCUUGGACAUCUUGGUAUAACGAAGACUAAAAGGAUGCUAUGGGAGAAAUAUUGGUUUCCGACAAUGAACACCAUGGUAGAACAGAUCAUCGGACAAUGUUUCGAAUGCCAAGUACCACAAAGCAGCACAAACAAGAACCGGUAAAACCGACAGUGAUUCCGGAAAAAUCAUGGGAUGUUAUCUCAGUGGAUUUUGGAAGACCAUACCUAGAUGGACAUUAUAAUCUGGUUGCAAUUGACAAGAGAACAAAAUAUUUUGAAGUCGCACGAGUAAGUUCAACCUCUUUUCCACAGACUAAAGAAAAGCUCAAGACCAUGUUUGCAACUCACGGGACAUCGCGACAACCAGAGAGUGAGAACGGUCCACCAUUUCUGUCCAAAGAUUUCGCUGAAUUCGCAGAGGAAGAGGGAUUCCAUCACCAUCGUGUUACGCCAGGACGAGCAAAUGGGGAGGCAGAAAGUUUUAUGAAGCUCCUGAAUAAAACAGAGAAGAUUGCGAACCUGCAAGGUCAAAAUAGCACUAUAGCAAUUCAAGAAAUGCUUACCGGAUUCCGAUCAACACCACACCCAGCAACUGGGGUGUCUCCAUACGAAGCGAUAAUGAACAAAACUUUGAAAACUUAG